AAUUCGAAUUCGCCAAAACGUGCGGAAGGGAAAAAGUUAUCGUACUUGAUCAGGCCAUUUAUUUUGGGGUUUGUUAUUAUCAUUAGUAUAUAAAUAAAAAAUAUUUCGUAAUGAAUUUAAUCCAUAAUACUCUUGAAAUCCUAAUUAUAAAUAAUUGCAAUUACUUUAUUUCAAAUACAAGUGAAUGGUCAAAAAAAAAUCUUGAGAUGGUUAAGAGUUUUCAAACCGUGGCCGUCAAAAAGCUUAUUAGAAUCUUUGUUUCACUCAUAUAAUCCAUGAUCUAGUAAAAAAUCUAGUAAAUUAUAAAUGGUGAAUUUGAGUAAGAAGUUAGUCCUCACGUAAUUUAUUUUCCUGCCUUUGUUGAUCGUUGUGACAGUGCAUUAUUUCUCUUUUCAAGUUUGUUGCUAUUGACUAUAAUGGAAGUUGAAUUGAAUAAAUCCAUCAUUGAUGGUUUCAGAAGUAAAUUUUCGGAGGAUAAAACAAACAUUUUGGCCUUAAAUGUUUGUUCUAGAACUGACCCAUUUGAUGUUUGUUUAACUCGGAAAGUAAUGGAAGAAACAGUUCACGUAUUUAGUCACAAGAUUGAUAGUGAAGGAAAACCAGUUACCAAUCAAAAAAAUACAGGAAGAUGUUGGUUAUUUUCUGCUCUGAAUGCAAUGCGCAUUCCUUUCAUCAAAUCUCAGAACCUGGAAGAUUUUGAAUUCUCCCAAUCUUAUCUUUUCUACUGGGACAAAAUAGAAAGAGCUAAUUUCUUUUUGAAUGCCAUUGUUGAGACUGCCAGAAGGAAAGAACCUGUUGAUGGGAGACUUGUUUGUUUCUUGUUUGAGAAUGCUGUACCUGAUGGAGGUCAAUGGGAUAUGGUCCAUAAUCUUGUUGUUAAGCAUGGGCUUAUGCCGAAAAAAUGUUUUCCUGAAACUUACAGUUCUGAGACAAGUUUAAAAAUGAAUCGUCUUUUAAGGAGCAAGCUCAGAGAAUAUGCCAAAGUUUUACGUGACAUGGUGGAAAACGGGGAAAGUCCCGAGAACAUCCAAAACAAAAUUGUAGAACAGAUGGCUAUUAUUUAUAGAGUGGUGGGAAUCUGUCUGGGUGUUCCUAACGAACAAUUUACUUGGACUUAUUAUGAUAAAAAUAAGCAAUUUCAUAAAGUUGGUCCGAUUACAGCAGUAGAGUUUUAUGAGAAAUUUGUCAAGCCAGUUUUCAAUAUGGACGAUAAGGUUUGUUUAGUUGCUGAUCCCAGGCCAUUUAACGAAUAUGGGAAGACUUAUGCUGUAGAAUUUUUGAACAACAUGGUCGGUGGAAGACCCUGUAUAUACAAUAACCAACCAAUUGAACUUUUACUCGAUGUCACUGCCAAAAGUAUCAAAAGUGGAGAGGCUGUUUGGUUUGGAUGUGAUGUAUCGAAAAGAUUCGCUAAUAAACAAGGACUACUGGAUUUGAAAGUGCAUGACUUUCCCCUUGUUUUUGGAGUUGAUUGCCACAAUGAUCUUUGUAAAGCUGAUAGGUUAAUUUAUGGAGAAAGUUCUGUUACACAUGCUAUGGUAUUUACAGCAGUUGAUAUAGACGAGGAUGGGAAAAUCACCAAACUUCGUGUUGAAAAUUCUUGGGGAGAUGAUAAAGGAGAGAAAGGCUACUUACUAAUGACCACAGAUUGGUUCAUGGAAUACAAUUUUGAAGUAGUGGUGGAUAAGAAACAUGUUCCACCAGAAGUUUUGGAAACCUCCAAAUUGGAGCCUAUAAUUUUAUCUGCCUGGGAUCCUAUUGGUACUCUUGCCAAAGAAUGUAAAAUCUAAGAUUGUGCAUUGUUAUAAUCAGAAUUUUUUGAUGUACAAGAUAUUCCUUUAAUUAAGAUUUCUAUUUGAAUUGAAUAAUUAUAAGAUGAAAUUACUCCUUACAAUGUUGUAUAUAAAAAUUCAAUCAACAAAACACUGAUUGAUAUCUGAUGGAUAAUGAGGACCAUCAACUUAUAUUAUUUUUAAUAUUCUUUGAUAUUUCACGUUCAAGUGAAGAUUUAAUGGUUCGAUAAUGAAGAAUAAAUUUGCGCAAUUAUUUAAUUUUAUUGUCAAUAUAUUUACAAAAUAUGUUUUACUUGGGAAAUAUCUUGUAUAUCAAAUUUUUACCAUUUUUUUUUUAAUUGGAAUUGAUUUUCAUAUUUUAUUUCCUCGAAACAAAAAUAUCAAGCAUGUUCUAUUCGUUUAUAAACAAAAAUAUACAAUAUGUUUUAAUUCCUAAUCUAUAUACAAUAAAUUGAGAACACAG